AUGGAAUCACUUCCCACAGAUGAAGCAGCAAAACUAUCUACUUCCGGUCGCAAGCCCGGUGGCUGGAUCACUUUUCCCUUCAUGAUAGCAACCAUGGGGGGUUUGUCCUUGGCAGCGGGAGGAUGGGUUUCGAACCUUAUUGUGUAUCUGAUAGAGGAAUACAAUGUGAAGAGCAUCGAGGCUGCUCAAAUUUAUAAUGUGUUUAAUGGCUGUAUCGCUCUCUUUCCGAUCAUCGGAGCAAUCAUCGCCGACUCCUUUCUAGGCUGUUUCUCCGUCAUAUGGAUUUCAUCCCUUAUAUCUUUGCUGGGUAUGGUACUCUUAGUCCUAACUGCAGGACUUGAACCCUUGAGGCCUUCCCACUGUGACAAUGGAUCAAACUUGUGCACAGACCCAUCAAAAAUCCAAUUAGUAAUCCUAUAUGCUGGUUUAGUUCUGUCAGCUUUAGGAGUAGGGGGUACACGCUUCACACUAGCAACAAUGGGAGCAAAUCAAUUUGAUAAGCCAAAGCACCAAGGCAUUUUCUUCAACUGGUACCUUGUCGCCCUGUACGUACCCUCUGUCAUAAGCACCACGGCCAUCGUCUACGUUCAAGACAACGUGAGUUGGGCAUCGGGGUUUGGGAUUUGUGUUGCAGCCAAUGUACUGGGAUUAGCCAUUUUCUUGUUGGGAAGCCCUUUUUAUCGCCAUGUUAGGCCACAAGGGAGCCCAUUCAUGGGUUUGGCUCGUGUUGUAGUUGCAGCUGUGAACAAAAGGAAAGUACAGAUCUCCAUGAAAGGUGAAAAUUAUUACCAGGAGUUGCAUGAUGGGUCCACAUCCAUGAUGGCUGCAACACCUACACAAUUCUUCAAGUUCCUGAAUCGCGCAGCACUGAAAACUGAAGGAGACAUUGGACCAAAUGGCUCCAUUGCAAAACCCUGGAAGCUAUGCCCAGUGCAACAAGUAGAAGAUCUCAAAAGCCUAAUCAGAAUCUUCCCACUAUGGUCAACUGGAGUAUUCUUGUCCAUCCCAAUUGUUAUCCAAUCCAGCUUGCCAAUAAUCCAAGCUCUAACAAUGGAUCGUCAUCUUGGAUCCCAUUUUCAAAUCCCAUCUGGUUCCAUAAUAGUCUUCAUACUGAUCUCCACUUCCAUCACUAUUAUCUUCAUUGACAGAGUCUUGUUUCCCACCUUGGAGAAGUUCAGUGGCCGACCAUUGACACCUCUCAAACGAGUUGGGAUCGGCCAUGUAUUGACAGGGCUCAGCAUGGCGGUGGCGGCUCUGGUGGAGUCGAGUCGGCUCAAAAUGGAAAAAUUUCACCACCUCCAAGAUCAAAAUGGUGCUGUUGUACCCAUGUCAGUCAUGUGGCUGGUUCCCCAGUUGGCCAUUGUUGGUAUUGGGGAAGCAUUUCAUUUUCCUGGAAAUGUUGCAUUUUACUACCAAGAAUUUCCUGCAACACUGAAAAGCACAUCAACUGCCAUGGUCGCGUUGUUUAUGGGAAUCUCCUAUUAUUUGGGCAACAGCGUGAUGGAUCUUCUUCGAAGGGUAACAGGGUGGUUACCAGACAAUAUAAAUGAUGGGAGGCUAGAUAAUGUGUAUUGGGUGUGUGCUGCACUUUCAAUGUUGAACUUUGUGUAUUAUCUUGUAUGCGCCUGGUUGUACAAGUAUCAAAAUGCUGAGGAGGCGUUCGACAAUAGUUCUAAACCAGAGAAAUGAUGUUGCUUGCAAAUCAAGUAAGAUGCUAGGCUGUUUAAUAUUUCUCCUAGAGAAGUGUUUGUUUUAGAACCUUUGGGUACCAUCCUCAAGCUUUUCCAAAGGUCUUGAAAUGUUGAAAAGAAGUAAAGAUGCGUGAUAUUUUCA